ACACCCCCUCAAACCAUUCCUCCCAAAGGGAACAAAAAGAGAGAUCUCUAGAGAUGGCUGCUAGUGGUGAUGGAGGAAUUAAGAUGGUUAUGGCAGCCAUGAAAGGACUGUUCGUGGUGCUGUUUCUUGGGAUUCUCAUGAUGUGGAUCAUGAUGCCUACCAACACUUACCGCCAAAAAUGGCGGACUGACAUUUCCAACAAGGCCACUUCUACCUUCGUCGGAACCGCAGCUUCCAAUAUUCUGAUCUGGACGUUUCCAAUGCUCUUUCUCGCCGUUUUGGGCUCCAUAUACCUCCAUUUGGUGAAGAAACACAACAAUAAUUAUGAAUCUCAAAGUGACAGCAAGAGUAACCGGCGGGCAUUGAUAUGGAAGAAACCGGCUUUGGUAAAAGGUCCUCUGGGGAUUGUUUCCUGGACGGAACUUGCCUUCUUAAUAAUGUUCAUUUCACUCCUUGUAUGGUCCCUAUCAAAUGGCCUCAAAAUCCGUUUGGGUAACUUAAAAGAGAAAGCAGAACCUGGACACAAAAUAUGGAUAAAAAAGUUCCAAACAGUAGCAUUCAUGCUGGGGAUUGUGGGAAACAUAUGCUUAGCGUUUCUCUUUUAUCCGGUGACGCGUGGCUCGUCGGUGCUGCCGUUGCUCGGACUCACAUCGGAGGGAAGCAUUAAGUACCAUAUAUGGGUUGGGCACAUGGCUAUGGUUCUAUUCACGGCUCAUGGAUUUGGCUACAUCAUUACUUGGAUUAUUAAUAAUCAACUUUCAGAGUUGAUACAAUGGCAAACUACGGACGUACCAAACCUUCCCGGUGAAAUAGCUUUGUUGGGCGGACUAUUGCUCUGGAUCGCAACCCUCCCCCGCAUCCGGCGAAAAGCCUUCGAGCUCUUCUUCUACACACAUAACCUGUACAUAAUCUUCGUGGUUUUCUUCUUCCUUCACGUCGGAAUCAAUUACACCGUCAUCAUGCUCCCCGGAUUUUACCUCUUCAUGAUUGACCGUUUCUUAAGAUUCUUACAGUCACAACGAAAAGUUCGUCUAGUCUCUGCUCGACUCUUACCUUGUGACACUGUGGAGCUUAACUUCUCCAAAAGUCCAGAUUUGAGUUACAAUCCAACAAGCAUUAUGUUCGUAAAUGUGCCUGGAGUUUCCAAUCUGCAAUGGCAUCCCUUUACAGUUACUUCAAGCAGUAAAUUGGAACCAGAAAGGAUAAGUGUGGUGAUUAAAGUUGAAGGAACUUGGUCAAGGAAGCUCUAUGAUUUGAUUUCAUCUUCUUCCAUAGAUCGUGUUGAAGCCGCCAUUGAAGGUCCUUAUGGACCUGCCACUACAGAGUUCCUAAGCCAUGAUAAGCUGGUAAUGGUGAGCGGAGGCAGUGGAAUUACUCCCUUUAUAUCCAUAAUUCGAGAUCUCUGUUUCUUGAGCAAAACAACUCAAUGCAGGAUUCCGAAGCUCAUGCUCAUAUGUGCCUUCAGGAAGUCUUCGGAUCUCAGCUGGUUAGACCUUCUGAUGCCAAUUUCCGAUACCUCAUCUGGACUUUCCAAUCUCCAGCUGCAGAUUGAAGUCUACAUAACUAGAGACAAAGCACCCAAAACAAAUAAUCCAAACCAGGUUCGAUCCGUAUGGUUCAAGCCCCACCCAACGGAUGCACCAGUCUCUGCCAUCUUGGGUCCAAAUAGCUGGCUCUGGCUUGCCAUUGUCAUCUCAUCUUCAUUCAUCAUCUUCCUCAUCUUGAUCGGAAUCAUCACCAGAUAUUAUAUUUACCCAAUUGACAAGAACAAAAAUCUGUACAAUUACUCAGGAAAGGCUGCACUAAAUAUGCUGUUUAUCUGUGUUUCCAUUGCUGCAGCAGCCAGUGCAGCAGUGUUUCUGAAUAGGAGGAAAGAAUCGAAAAAGAUUCAGAACACUGAAGGAUCAUCACAGGAGGGAACACCCGGAUCGUCGUUACAUAAUGCUGAUAGAGAACUAGAGUGCCUCCCACGACAAUCAAUUUGGGAUGCUACUAACGUUCACUACGGGGAGAGACCUGACCUAAAGAGGGCGCUGCUCGAGUGUGAAGAAUCGAGUGUCGGAGUUCUUGCUUCUGGACCAAAAAAGCUGAGACAUGAAGUGGCAAACAUCUGUUCCACUGGUCGGUCCGAUAAUUUCCAUUUUGAGUCUAUCAGUUUCAGCUGGUGAGAAGUUCUUCAAUCUCCACUAUAAAAGCUUGAAAUUCAGAAUGACCGAAGAGAGAAGCUCCGGUAAUUUCCAGUGUGACAAUCCUUUCUCACUAUCAUCAACCGUUUCCUUCUCCUCUUUGCUUCGUCUUUCUUUCCAUUUUCACUUAUUCCCUUUUAACUUGUCCUCCACCCUCCACUGUCUUCCCCUUCCUCUUCCUCCUGCUCUAUUUCCAUCCUCUCUCUUUGGCCCCUCUGUUUUUGUUCUUUCUUUCCCUCUUUUGUGUAAAUCUUUUCUCUGUUCUUUUACUUCUUUUUCGUUCUUUUCGUUUCUUUUCCAUUUUCCUUAUACAGGGGUCCCUUGGUUUUGUGGUUUUCUUCUUCAAUUCCAGCAAAGGGGCCAUGGGAAUAAAGAAACGAAGAGGAA